AAGGCAGGGCGGCCGGCGCUCCGCGCUCUCCCGCUCCGCGCCCGGCUCCGCCCGCCGCUCGCCCCGCACCCCGCGCCGCCGCCCAUGGUGCUGCCCGGCCCGCCCGGCAUGGCCCGCUCCGAGGAGGUGCACCGCCUCACCGAGAAUGUGUACAAGACCAUCAUGGAGCAGUUCAAUCCCAGCCUCAGGAAUUUCAUUUCUAUGGGGAAAACCUAUGAAAAAGCCUUAGCAAGCAUGACCUACGCAGCAAAGGGGUACUUUGAUGCUCUGGUGAAGAUGGGAGAGCUGGCCAGUGAAAGCCAAGGAUCGAAAGAAUUGGGGGACGUGCUCUUCCAGAUGGCAGAGGUGCACAGGCAGAUCCAGAACCAGCUGGAGGAGAUGCUCAAGUCCUUCCACAACGAGCUCCUGACGCAGCUGGAGCAGAAGGUGGAGCUGGACUCCCGCUACCUGAGUGCUGCGCUGAAGAAAUACCAGACAGAGCAGAGGAGCAAGGGGGACUCCCUGGACAAGUGCCAGGCAGAGCUGAAGAAACUCCGCAAGAAGAGCCAGGGCAGCAAGAACCCACAGAAGUACUCGGACAAGGAGCUGCAGUACAUCGAAGCCAUCAGCAACAAGCAAGGGGAGCUGGAAAACUACGUUUCUGAUGGCUACAAGACAGCUCUGACGGAAGAGAGGAGACGGUUCUGCUUCCUGGUGGAGAAACAGUGCGCGGUGGCCAAGAGCGCCAUCACCUACCACGCCAAGGGGAAGGAGAUGCUGACACAGAAGCUGCCACUGUGGCAGCAGUCCUGCUCGGACCCCAACAAGAUCCCGGACCGCGCCAUACAGCUGAUGCAGCAGAUGGCUGCCAGCAGCAAUGGCACCAUCAUGCCCAGCCCUCUGUCCACAUCCAAGUCCAACCUCAUCAUCUCUGAUCCCAUCCCUGGUGCCAAACCUCUCCCUGUCCCCCCGGAGCUGGCACCUUUUGUAGGACGCAUGUCAGCACAGGAGGCCAUGCCAGUGAUGAACGGAGUCUCAGGCUCUGACAGCGACGGGUACAACCACUGGUCUGAGAUGAAGCCAGCACAGCCCAAAUCUUUAUCUCCUCCCCAGCCUCAGAAGCAGCUGAGUGACUCUUACUCCAAUACACUCCCAGUUCGCAAAAACGUGGCACCGAAAAACAGCUAUGCCUCAGCUGAAAACAAGACACUGCCACGCUCCAGCUCCAUGGCCGCCGGGCUCGAGAGGAACGGCCGGACGAGGGUGCAGGCGAUUUUCUCGCACGCUGCUGGGGAUAACAGCACCCUCCUGAGCUUCAAGGAGGGGGACCUCAUCACACUGCUGGUGCCCGAGGCCCGGGACGGCUGGCACUACGGAGAGAGCGAGAAAACCAAAAUGAGGGGCUGGUUUCCUUUCUCCUACACACGGGUCCUUGACAAUGAUGGCAGUGAGCGGGUCCACACCAGCCUGCAGCAAGGGAAGAGCAGCAGCACUGGCAACCUGCUGGACAAGGAUGACAUCUCCAUCCCGCCGCCAGACUAUGGCAUGGCCUCGCAGGCCUUCCCGGCACAGGGCAGCAACACCUUCAAGCAGCGGCCGUACAGCGUGGCCGUGCCCGCCUUCUCCCAGGACUACCUAAUGCCCUAUGGGUGUGCAAUUAAAGACUAUGCCAGUGGCCUCUGCCAAGCACCCUCCGCUCACUACAAGCCUUACACUAGGUCGACAGCUGGUCUCGAUGACUACGGGACGAGGUCUGUCAACAGGAACCCCUUUGCCAACGUCCAGCUGAAGCCAACGGUGACAAACGACCGCUCGGCCCCGCUCAUCAGCUGAUCCGGGAGCGCUGGCGCCCGCGUGGCACUCGCCACCCCUCACCCUCCUCAUCCUCCUCGCUGCUGCAUGCCCAGCUUCCCAGGACUCCAUUUCUAGGCCGAAUUUAUUAAUCCUGCUGCUUUGAAAGCCAAAGGCUCAAGCUAGUGCCCUAGUUCUCUCUUCUCUAGACUCCCUCGGUGGCAGGGGGUCACAGCGCUGCCAUGUCACCUGUCCUCUGCCUGUGCUGAGUGUGGUGGCACUUCCCGGAGUCGGGGCAGCGUGUCCCAGAGCCGGGGUGGCUCCCAGGCCCAGCAGCAGCUUGCUGUGGGUGGGGAAACAGGCUCAGCUGGAGAACAACUCUCCGUGGGCUCACAGUGCUCCAGGCAGAGAGGACACAGUGCCCCUGCUCUCCCUGCCCAGACAGGAGGGACCCCCAGGCCAGGCAGGACACCGGGACACCCUGCAAGCCAAGGCAUGGUGGGUGGCACAGGCAGCGCCCAGGCCGUGCUCCGGGCUGGGGCAGGGCAGUGGGUGCCAGCACUGCAGCCCCCGCUGGCACGGGGUCAGCUCCGGUCCCCGAGCCCCUGCUGUGCCAGGGCUCGGGAUGCUGCAGGGAAUCACGGUACUGCUGUAAAAUAUAAGCUAGGAAAAAAACACUCGUGGAGGAGAGAGCAGUGUGUGAGUGAGCCUUGGGGUGCCCCUGCUCGCUGCAGACAGGAGCUCCCAUCCAGACCUCUUGCUUGGCUGUUUGCUCUUCCUCUAUUCCUAGGGCUGCAUGAGAGAGAGAGAUAGAUAGAGAUCAAUAUAUAUCAAUAUAUAUACACACACACUUGCUAAGCUUACUGCUGGGGGUGCCCACGAGGAAGGUGGCUCCCGCAGCCCUUCCCGCAGCUCCUGAGUGGCCAGGGUCACAUCCUUGCUCAAAAACAGGGAGAGGAGUUUCCAGGCAGGAACUGUGUCUCCCAUGGGUGAGGGCUUGAACCCAAACAGAGUUUUUGCUUUUUCCGUUGUAUUUCUCCUUUUGCACUUUCUGCUCACUGGUGCAGCAUGUCCUGGUCCCCGCAGCCCGGGCAGUGGCUGCUUGGCUGGGCACUGGGCAGGGCACAGAGUGUCCCCAGCCCAGGGGCUCGGUCCCAGUCAGAUGUGGUGGCUCAUCCCUCCUGUGUCCCCUCUGAUGGGUUUUCCAGCUCCACUGCAGGACAACAGCUUCUCCUGUGACUGCCCAGGCUCCGGCUCUGCACGAGGGUUCCCAGCUCCAUGAUGUGCCUCCUCUUCCUCUCCCAGGGCUGGAGCAGAUGGGUGGGGGGUGGACAGGGCAGGGGCAAGGGAAAGGGCUCUGCUGGGGGGUGAGGCAGUGGUGGGAGAGGGCUGGUGGUCACAGCCCGUGUUGGGGACAGGCCUGGGGUCCCCUUGGCCACUGCAGUGUCCUCUUCCACCCCCGUGCCAGGGGCUGUCCCCUGGGCCCCCCAAGCUGCCACCCUGGCUCCAGCCAGCCCCCGGGGGCUUCGCUGCACCUCCUGGCUCGGUGGCACCUGUAAGACGUAACCUGCAAUAAUUUUUUAUCAGAAAACAUAAUUUAUGAGCAAUUCAACCUCCCCCAGCCCUCCCUCCUGCAGUGUUUCCCCUGGCCAGAAGCUCCUGCCUGGCCCUGGAGCGUGGCCGGGGCCCUCCUGAGCUGGCUCCAUCCUGGGUGCUGGGCAAUGAUCGGGGCAGGAAACGGCUUAAGAUAUUUUAAAAACUUUAUUAUUGGCCCGAUGAGAUUUGACACACAUGCUGGGAGCUGUAUGGAAAUCAGCACUGAUAAAAAAUACAGCAAUUAUGACCCGUAUUGAGAAAAUAGACCAUGUAAGAAGAGCCUUUCUAUUAAAAAAGUUACCCAA